AUUAACACAGUGAAAAGUGAAUAAUGAAUUCAACAUGAGCCAACACGUUAAUAGCCAGUGAAGUUUCAAUUUUCUCUAAUAAUAUUAGCAAGUUAACAAGACAAUCAACAAAAACCAUCUACAGAUCCAUUUUAACAAUUGAAUCUAUUCUGGAUAUCAACAGCAUAUUUAUCAUCAUAGCAAAUUAAUUACCAUCGAUAUUAUCAUCAACAUAGUGCAACUUAUUCACCAACAAGCAAAUUAAACUAAAUAAACUUUUCAAAAUGAAUCUAAGGAAAUAUUUAACUUACUAAGAUUCUGAAGUGAAUGUAAAUUGUGAAUCUACAACAGAAUCAGUUGUAAAUUGUGUCUUGAAAACCAUCAAAAUUAAUACGAGCCAUUUAUUUACAGGGAUAAGGGAGGAAACUCAUAGUUAAUUAAAUUGUUACAAAUCACAAUUGAAUCUAAUCUUUCUCUCUUUAUUGGUUGUUCAAUUGUUAUUGUUACUUUAUCACUUUGUCAAUCUCUCAUCAAUCACCAUAAUCAGUUAGUUGGAUAACCAAACUUAAACGAAACAGUGAAUAUCAGUUUUAUUAAAAAGACAACAAUCAACAAUAUAAAAAAAAGGUGAUAUUGAUUAGCAUCUGAUUUAUAACUCGAUGCUUAAUUGUUUACCGUUCUACUCAUGAAAGGAACCAACAAUUUACCUUUAAUAAUCUUAAGCUUGGUUUGGCUUCCAAGUCAAUGUAAAGAUCAAGUUGAAAGAUUUAAUUUCAAACGUGAUAUCACCGCUGAUUAUAAUGUUGCCUGUUCAUCAAAGAGACCUUUCAUAUUCACAGAAGAAUACCUGACUGGUAGGAUAAUCUCACCUGGAUACAAUGUCUUAGCUUAUUACAAUCAGAAUGUCAUCUGCCGAUGGUUAAUCAUUGCCCCUUCCGAUAAGUUGAUUGAGUUUUUCAUAGAACGAGAUGCUUUCGGUUUGGAUAUGGAAGGUGUCGCAAGUUUGACCUUCUACGAUGGUGAUGAGGUUUUAUCAACGAAAACCCGUCGAUUCAAUAUAAGUCAACGUGUUUAUUCAAAGUCAAAUGUAGUUCGAGUUUUGUUCAACGGUAUGAAUGCACCAAAAGCGAAAGGUUUCGAAUUCUAUUUUCAACAUGUAGAUAAACCUAUUGAAUGUUCAUCGCCCGAUGAUCUAAAUUGUCGUAAUCGUUUCCAGUGUUACUCGAAAGAGAAAACUUGUAAUAAGGAAACUUCUUGUUCCGAUGGGACUGAUGAGGAAAAUUGUCCCAAUGAAAAGGAUAAUUUAUCAUUUGCUGAUUCCUGUGGAAUACCGGUAAUUAAACCUUCCAUUUUGGGUGCUCAUAUUUUCGGUGGGGAAAAAGUGGUACCCGGAAGUUGGCCUUGGUUAGCAUCGUUAAGAUUUAGAUCUUCAUCGCCGAUUAACCAUGUUUGUGGUGCAGCGAUAAUUAAUCGUUCAUGGGUGGUUACAGCAGCUCAUUGUAUUCUAAAUGUUCCAAACGAUAGAUUCGAGGUUCACUUUGGUCGUUUCAACUCAAUCAUACCAACAUCAGGGAAAGAGGUUUACCGUUACAUCGAGAAAUCAAUUCUACAUCCAUCGUUUGUUUUCAGAAUUACCGAUGAAUCUGAAGUAAUAAAUUCAACUUACGACAUCGCUCUCAUUAAAUUAAAUGCACCUCUGCCCGUUGAUAAUGAUUACAUUCGUCCCAUUUGUCUGCCCGAUGUCGAUAUACCGAUCAGAGAAAAUUCCGCCGCCUGUGUCAUCGGAUGGGGAAACCCAGUGAAAGUGGACACUGAAGAUCUUUUCCUAAAACAAGCCGAAGUUCCCAUAAUCUCACUUGAUCGAUGUCGAAAACAGCAUCCACAAGACGCUAACAAAAUUCGAGACCAUGUAAUUUGUGCCGGUAGAUUAGAAGGUGGAAUCGAUUCGUGUGACGGUGAUUCGGGUGGACCUUUAAUGAUCUUGGACAGUAAAUCGGGUAAAUGGAAAAUCAUUGGAAUUGUGGCCUCUGGAGUUACGACCUGUGGUGAACAAGGUAAACCCGGUGUGUACACCUCGAUACCUUAUUAUCGUGAUUGGAUAAUCCAAACAAUUAAGGAUAAUUGAAGAGACAAAAAGAACAAUUAAAAAAAAACCUUUAACCACAAAAAUCAAUUGAAAAAAAAACAAUCAGUGUACAAAAGUGUGACUCAGAUUAAUCACGAUCAACAUGAUUAAUCGAGUGGUGUAAUCUAAUCAUUUCAAUAAAAUCUAAUUAACAGAAACAAAAACCGUGAUAAGUAAA